GCGCACACACACUAGCGAACGGCUACAUUUUUUUUCGAGUGUGUUCGACAUUCAUAAUUUUUGUGGUGUAGCUGCCUGCAAAAAUCCAAAAUUUCAAGUAGCCAACAAAUUAUUGGCCGUAACUACAAAAAAAAAAUUAUCAGUAACUUGGCGCCGUUUCGCUCUUAACACUUAGUACACCCGAACAGAAAGUUGCCGCACCUGGAAAAUGUCGAGCCUGCCACGUCGCAUCAUCAAGGAGACGCAGCGUCUGAUGCAGGAGCCUGUGCCGGGAAUCAAUGCCAUUCCCGAUGAGAACAAUGCACGAUACUUCCAUGUGAUCGUGACCGGACCGAACGAUUCGCCCUUCGAGGGCGGUGUAUUUAAGCUGGAAUUGUUCCUACCGGAGGAUUAUCCGAUGUCGGCGCCCAAGGUGCGUUUCAUCACGAAGAUCUAUCAUCCGAACAUCGAUCGCUUGGGCCGCAUCUGCCUGGACGUGCUCAAGGACAAGUGGAGUCCGGCGCUGCAGAUCCGAACCAUAUUGCUAUCGAUCCAGGCCCUUCUCAGUGCACCCAAUCCCGACGAUCCUUUGGCCAACGAUGUCGCCGAAUUGUGGAAGGUCAACGAGGCGGAGGCCAUUCGCAAUGCCCGCGAAUGGACCCAGAAAUAUGCCGUCGAAGACUGAACGCCCGAGGUCAGGAGGUGGGUCAGGAAGCGGAUCCGGCAGUUGUAUCGGCGAUUUUCCAGAAAGUGGGUGCGUGACAUGGGCGGGCGGGUGGUGAAAUUGCGUACUUUAAAACCAACCAGAAAAAACCUAAAGCAUACGAAAGAAAACAAUAUACAUUAAGCAGAAAGAUCGAAAGAAAGAAAAAAAAAUUAUUAAAAAACAAUACUUUUUUUUUUCUAACCUUCUGGGGCGGGAUAUACAUAAUAUACAUAUAUAUAUAUAUUUUUUUCAACCAAUCGAUCGGGGCGAUCGGCAAAGGAGGAAAGAUAACGAAAGCAUUCUUUAUGUAAGUCAUAUACAAUACAUGUAUCCGAAAAAAAAAAACAAAAACAAAAAGUGAGCACACAGUAAUUGGCUUUAAUCAUUUCUAUUGAUUUGUUCGAGGGGUCUGGUGUCUAUAUGCAUACAGCCGUAUAUAUUUGUAUGUGUAACUGAAAUAACCAACCCAUAAACAUUAACAUCGGAUAAUUAAUCAAUUGGAAUGGAAACUAGAAAGGGGUUUUGAUUUUUCCUUAGCUUUACUCUGAAAACUCUGGUUGAUCUUCUAUUCAGAAUAGAGUGCUUUGAUUGUAUAAUUUUCAAUGUUGAAAUAAAUUUUAGAUGUGAUCGUCAACUUUGUAAAA